AUGGUCAAGAAUGGCGGCGCUGCUCUCGUCCCUGACGCCUGGGAGGAUGAUGACUGGGAGUCUGCAGCCGACAAGAUUGACGCCCAACCCACAGAGGUGCAGCCUGAACUGCAGGUACCGAUGACCAAGGCAGAGCGGCUCGCCCAGCACGCCGAGCAGAAUCGAAAGCUCUGGGAAUCAGCUGACUCCCCCACGCCCACACCAAUGACCUUCCUCGAAGCCCAACCCUCAGUCCCCCUCGCCACGGGCUUCAAACCCCAGGUCAAAGUCCUGAGCCGAAAACCCGCGCCCCGAACAAUCGCCCGGCGCGACCCCGUCACUGGCCUCCUCUCCCACCUCUCCCUCGCCGACGACGACGCCGACGACCAGCACGCUGAGAAGAAGCCGCAGCUCACGCCCGAGGAGAUCCGCGCCAAGCAGCAGCGCGAGCUCGAGGAGAAGCAGCGGCGGUACGAGGAGGCGCGCGCAAAGAUCUUUGGCGAGUCGAACCCUUCCUCUGGCGCCUCGAGCCCGAGUGGGACCGUCACACCACCUAGAGGGGGAGGGGGAGGUGCCGAGAACGAAAGAGGUGGAGGGCGCGGCCGGGGAAGGGGACGCGGUCGUGGCGGCGGCGGCGGCGGUGGAUAUCGAGGGAAUUCGAACCGACAAGAUGACCUACGACGACCUGGCAGCAGCAGAUCCGACGCCGUUCGCGCCGAGAGCGGUCGCGAGCUCUACGACCCCGGUUACGCACCACGAGGCGGCUUCGGAAUGCAGAAGCGCGGAGGCGGCGACGGCCCAAACACGUACAACACGUACAACCCGCAUUCUGGGCGUUCGACUCCAAGAGACAUCGAGGACCAGCCCAAGCAGGCCAUUCGAGCUCCACGCGGACCGGAUGGGACUGGACGAGGUGGAUUCGGCUUCGCCAAGCGAGGCACAAAGGAAGGAUGA